CAAACACUUCAUUAUAUCCUUAACAUAAUCAUAUCGUCUGCUAAAGCGUUUUUUGUUCACUCCAUUUCUUUAUUGUGCAAAUUUCCGCACCUUGCUAUGGAUGAGAGGAUGAUAGGGGCUGCACAAACAGGAGACAUAAACAUCUUGUAUGAGUUAAUUCUGAAUGAUCCAUAUGUUUUACAGCGUAUCGAUGAUGUACCUUUUUUCCAUACUCCUUUGCAUGUAGCAGCCUCUGCAGGGCAUAUUGAUUUUAUGAUGGAGAUGAUCAACUUAAAGCCAUCGUUUGCAAGAAAGCUAAACCAAGCUGGGUUUAGCCCCCUGCUCUUGGCUCUUCAAAAUGAUAGAACUCAAGCAGUGCUUCGACUCCUCAGGUUUGACAAAGGCCUUGUUCGAGUCAAAGGGAGGGAGGGCUUCACUCCUUUGCAUCAUGUUGUUCGUGCUGGAAAUGUUGAUCUUUUGGUCAAGUUUCUUGAGGUUUGUCCUGAGGCUAUUGAAGAUGUGACUGUUCGAGACGAGACGGUUUUCCAUAUUGCUGUAAACAACGACAUGUUGGAAGCUUUCCAAGUCUUGGUGGGGUGGCUUAUAAGAAGCCGACAUGAGUCUGCCCAACGUUGGGAGAAAGAACUACUGAGUUGGGCAAACAUUGAUGGCAACACUGUUCUGCACGUUGCAGCUAUUAGAAACAAACCUCUGGUGGUAAAAGUAUUGCUGGAACGCUUGUGUGGUGACCAUAUCAAUGCCAAAAAUGCGGAGGGAUUGACUGCAUUUGAUAUCCCAUCACAAUACCCAUUGGAUGAAGGGAAAGUGGACUAUAAGGAGUCCAUUAAAGACAUGAUAAGCAAAGCAGGAGGUUUGAGUGGUUCCUUGCUUCCCAAUAAGUCCAUCUCUUCAAUCCACAUUAAUUCAUUAAAACAAAAGAUGUCAUGUUUCCGAAAAUUUGCAACAAUAGCAGAUCGUGGAAAGAAGGGUAUCUCACCUGAGAUGCUAAACACAUUUCUAGUGGUCACAGUGCUAAUUAUAACAACCACUUACGAUGCCUCUUUAAACCCUCAAAAGAAGCCUGAUGACAAUUCAUCCCCGCCAGACCAUCUCAAUUACUACUCAUCUUUGGAUUCAACCGGCAUCACUGCACCCGUACCAAGUCCUUCCUCGACUAUAGUACUGAUUGAUCAAUUAAUAGACGUAUCCACCAUGUUUUGGUUAUACAACACUUUAACCUUUUGGGCAGCAACUGUUUUAACAGUGUUUCUCCUACCAAGUCGUUCAAUCUGUUUGUUUCUUCUCAUAACACUUUCUUUGUUUGGGACCUGUUACAUGCUUUUAGUUGCUGUUUCCUUAGGGGAUCUGAUAUCUCUUCAAACUACUAAACCCUUAUUAUAUCGUAGUCAAAGCAUUGUUAAUUACAGCUUGUCAACGACACUAGCUCUCGUUGUAUUAUACCGGAUAUCCUAUUAUAUACUAUACAGGUUUGUACCCAAAAAAAAGAGCUUCGUCCUUGUACAACUGGUUUUCUUCUCCGUCUUUGCUGUUAUUCUUGUUCCAGCUAUCCUAUAUUCCGAAGCCAUAUUAUAUUGAAGCUUUCCGGUUAUUCCAAUGACGAAAGGCCCUCAUGAUCGUCUUCGAAUACCUAUUCGGUUCAUCCGAUCAAUCAGUUCCCCUCAUCUCUUGUAAGGAGUCUUAUUUGGUUUUGUUAUCAAGGGUCAAGGUUCGCAGAGACAUUUUCGUCUCUUGAAGGGGAAACUAGUGAUUAGGGUAGUGAACGAAGAAAUAUGGUGAUAUAUAUGUAGUUAUGAUAUAAAAGUAAGGAUCUGUUUAUUUCGUAUGUGGCCAAGUCGUAGUUCAAUGAGGACUAUAACUGGCGUUGCUGUUAUUGUAUAAUUGUAUUGUUCACUGUAAUAAUAAUUAUAAGUGGGAAUGUAUUUGUAUUACAGCAGAA